AUGGCUAAAAAAUCACCCCACAUCAAGCUACUACGCAUAACGAACUUGUACGAUGUAACCGCCCAACAGUUGUGUUUGUACGUGCAAGGAUUGCAUCGACACAUCCGGCUGCAAAGCACCCGAAUACAGAGGCUGAGAAAGAAGAUUCACGCACUGCGAUUGCAACGAAAGUUCCACAGUGUAAGAAAUGCAACAGGUGAAGAAGAACCACCUGAAGUUGAGGUGGAAGAUGGUGCUCAGGAAGAGACGAAUUCGGUGGAACCGCUAGACAUAAAAGCAUUUGUGGACGAUAUCAAGAAAACGGCCCAAGAUGUGGACAUUCAAAAUAGAUAUAUUUACGAACCUACUUCCGGGUUAUAUUACGAUCCUGCCACUGGAUAUUAUUAUAAUUCUAUUUACGGUUUACACUAUGAUGGCCACCGUGGAUGCUAUUUGAAGUACAAUGAAGAAACCAAGGAGUAUGAUUUCUAUUCGCAAGUCAUUCCCGAAACAAUGCUAGAAACCGAACCCAAUGCCAAACAAAAGAAAUCGAAACGCACCGAAGCAUCGCGGGAAAAAGACACUCCAAAAAAGUCUCCCGACAGCGAUGACAGUGAGAGUAGCAGACGGCGUCAUCGGAAGCGUAACCGGAAGCACAAAAAACGUUCCCGCCGUAAGCACCGCCACCGCUCACGAUCACGUUCCGAGUCGGAAUCAAGCGAUAGUAGCGAUUCGUUGCCUAAACGAUCGAAAAAGAAACAUAAAUCGAAACGCAAACAUCGUAAAUCAUCACCCGAUGAAGGUGCGAAGGAAGAGGGAGAAUUGGAGAGCAGCGAAAGCAGCGACUCGAAAUCGGUCGAAUCGGUGAUAGUGGUGAAAUCGAGCGAGGAUAGUGCCGAUUCGACAGAGCAGUUUAAAACGGGCUACAAAGAUGUUGCGAAACGAUACCCACCGUCACUGCGAAUGAUAGUACAAGAAACGAACCUGAAAGACCUUAAAAUGGGUUCAUUGUUUAUCGUAACCUGCAAGGGUGGUACAUUGGGCCGGGAAGGAAAUCACGAUGUGAUCAUUCCCGACAUUAAUGUGUCCAAAAAGCAUCUACAGUUCACGUACAACGCUCGCAAAGCGACGUACCAGUUUGUGGAUCUUGGUUCACGCAACGGUACGCUUUAUAACGGCGUUCGGGUAAAGCUGAACGAACACCAGUCCCAGAGUGAUGCACAAAAUCUGGCCCACGGCAGUGUUCUUCAGCUUAACCAAACGAAAUUACUCUGCCACGUACACGAGGGUAAUUCAACAUGCGGCAAGUGUGAACCGGGACUGCUGGUGAACGCAGAACCGGUCGUUGUGUCGGAGAUCGUGUCGAAAAUUACCAAACCCGUGUCCCACAAGGAAGGAUUGAAGCUGUUGCAGAAGCGAUUUGGGUUGGAGAAUGAGAAAUACAUCGCUUCGGGUGAGGGUGGAAACAAUGCCGAGUACAAGGACCGGGCAGCCGUCCGACGGAAGGUUAAGGGCAGCUCGAACGAGCACGAAAAAACACAGGUCGCUUCAUUGGAUCAAUCGAUCGCUAGCAACAACAAAGGCUUCCAGAUGCUUUCCAAGCUCGGUUGGAACGAGGGCAAACCGCUCGGUAAGAACGAUACCGGCCUAACCGAACCGAUCGCGCUCACCUCGAACGUCGGUACAUCGGGUCUUGGUAGCCAGACUCAGAUGGCAAUCGGUGGUCCGCACAAUCCCGGCCAACCGGUCGAUCCACGGCGCCUCAGCAUUUGGCGCAAAACACAGGAACGCUUCGAACGAUCGACGGUGUUUGAAGCGGAGAGCAGCAGCGAGGAGUGA